AUGGGAAGAACCUUUGGAAAUAAGAAUUUGACUGAUAACGACAAAAGAGCCAUCGUUGUGGGUCGUCAAAAUGGACUGACCAUGAUGACGUUGGCAGGAAUGUUCGGCGUGACAGAGGCGGGCAUUUCUCAGUUCCUAAAGCGUCAGAAAGCUCAAGAUGGCUCUACUAACAGCCAACGCACUGGAAGACCACGUGUCACUGAUCGUAAUGACGAUAGGAACAUUUUGAAGACGUCUAGAACCAAUCCAAGACUCACCGCCCCUGCGAUCACACGGGAAGUUUUCUUGAAUUCGCCAUCUCCGCCAUUCGUCUCGACCGUGAAACGACGUCUGAAUGCUGCUGGAAUCAUGGGAAGACGUGCAGUGAAGAAACCGCUGAUUUCUGAAAAGAAUCGAGCCGCCAGGGUGAAGUGGGCGAAGGAGCAUCUCAACUGGACCCGUCAAGACUGGAACAAGAUUCUGUGGUCCGACGAAAGCAAGUUCCUCCUCUUCGGGAGUGACGGAAUUCAGUGGGUUCGUAGACCAAUUGGGUCCAGAUAUCAUCCGAAAUACCAAUUACCCACCGUGAAACAUGGUGGAGGUUCUUGCAUGGUGUGGGGCGCCUUCUCUGGAAGUGGCAUCGGACCGCUUCAUCGCGUGAACGGCAUCAUGGACAAGCACGUCUACAAAGACAUUCUCCAGAACCAGAUGUUGCCGCACUUGAGAGCCAUGGGCCGUGGGAGUGUUUAUCAACAGGAUAACGAUCCCAAGCACACUUCACUGUUCGUCAAGGUGAGAAAAAUUGACAAGUAAUUCGUAUGGUUUUGAAACUCAGGACUGGUUCAAGAGCCGUCGGGUCAAUGUCAUGGGGUGGCCAAGUCAAUCUCCGGACCUGAACCCGAUCGAACAUCUCUGGGAAGAGUUGGAGCGACGUUGUGCCAACAAAAAGAGCCAAGAAUUGCAACGAGAAGUUUGCUCAACUGCUGUCUGAAUGGAAUCAGAUCCCCAUGUCUACCAUCGACACUUUGCUCAAUUCUAUGCAGAGAAGAUGCCAGGCAGUGAUUGACGCCAGGGGCUUCGCAACCAAGUACUAGGUCCCGAAUAUUGUUUUAACAAUGUUUUGGGUUGAUAAAAAAAUUUUUUUGUUGAGCUAUGAUUUUUUUAAUUGAAAAUAGCAAAAAAAUUCGAUUUUUUUCGAAAAAUUCGUUUUUUUCUCGAAAAAAAUUAUUAUUCUUUGAGCUAGCAACUUGAAAUUUUUGCCAGAACACGUAUGUCUCUCUCAGAAAAACUAUGAAAAAAAAUUUGAAUCGAUAUCGCAUUUCAAAAAAUUUAUCCCCAAAAAAACCAAAAACUUAAUAGACUUUUUGAGCGGUACUGUACAUUCCAAGCCCGUCAAGGCGCAACGAGACCAACUACGCGCAGAAGAGCCGUAAGACCAUGUCUUCCAACUUGAUCAACUACAAGUUUCGGCUUCUAGUACGCCAAGGACUUUGAAAGUCCUUGCUCACCGCCUAGUCGAUUACUAAGCUACAUUCUGAGCUCGUCAAGGCGCAACGAGAUCAACUACGCGCAGGAGAACAAAGCCAAGAACCGUAAGAUCCUGUUUCAGCUUGUUCAACUACGGGUUAAGACUUCUAGCUAG